UGGUUGGGUGUCCGUCGUGCUACCUGGAGUACGCCCGCCAGCAGCUGCCGCCCACCAUUGGCGUGGCGGCGCAGAACUGCUUCAAGGAAGCGAAAGGGAACUUCAGCGGCGAGAUCUCGCCAGCCAUGAUCCAGGACUGCGGGUGCGAGUGGGUGAUCCUGGGCCAUCCCGAGAGGCGGACGCUGUUCCAGGAGAGUGACGAGUUGAUCGGCCAGAAGGUGGCCCACGCCCAGAAGGCAGGACUCAAGAUUGUGGCGUGUGUGUGCGAGACGAAGGCGGACCGAGACGAGGGCCUCACACAGCAGGUUCUGGCCGCACAGAUGGAGUCCCUGGCGGCAUCCAUCUCCGACUGGUCCCGCGUGGUGGUGGCCUUCGAGGCGCUGUGGGCCAGCAACACGGGGGUGCUGGCCACGCCGGCCCAGGUGCAGGAGGCCAUGGCCAUGAUCCGGGAAUGGCUGCGGCAGAACGUGAGCAACGAUGUCGCCGACAGCACGCGCCUCAUCUACGCCGGAUCGGUGUCCUCUGGUAACUGUGAGGAGCUGGCGCGGCUGAGGGACGUGGACGGCUUCCUGGUGGGCAGCGCCGCGCUCAAGCCAGACAUCGUGUGGAUGAGAACGUUUUGUAUUGUACCUCCUUGA